AACGCGAGGGGGGCGUGGCUUGAAGGGAUGGGCGUGGCUUCACCGCGUCCCGCCCACAGCUGUGCCCGCUGCCUGCCGACCUGGCCACGCCCACUGCGGAGCAGGAGCCAAUCAGAGCAGCUUGGUGCCACGGCUCCGCCCACGGGGAGGUGACGCUGUCUCCUAAAGGAAAGGAGGCGUGGUGGGCGGAGCCUGCUGUGCCCCAGGAGCUGUUCUGGCCGGAAGUGGGCGUGGCCGAGCGGGCGGUGCUGGAGGAGCUGCUGGGCGCCUGCAGGGAGCUGCUGGAGUUGGAGCCGCGCAGCCGGGGCUGCCUGCUGACCCUGCUGCUCCUGCUGGCCGCCAUCGACCCGCUGGGCCACGAGGAGGAAAUGCGGCGCUGCCUGCGGGCCCUGCAGGAGGCGGACCCGCUGCGGAUUGGCUUCGUGGCAGACAUGGCGUCGAGGGCGGAGCUUGCGCUGGCGCUGCUGAGGGAGGGGGCGGAGCCUGAGGAGCUCCGCCUACCCGGGAAGGGUCUGACAUCGCUGCCCCUAUUGGAGCGCCUGGGCUGCGUCACCCUGCUGGAUCUGGGGGGCAACGCCCUGCAGGGGCUGCCCCACACUUUGGGGGCGAUGAGGAGGCUGCAGGUGCUGGACGUGUCACGCAAUCAGAUCACGACGCUGCAGGGAGUCCCGCCCCUCCCGCGGCUGCGAGAGCUGCGAUUGGACGGCAACCCCAUAAGCCACGCCCCCGCGUUGUCCCCAUUGGCUGCUUUCCCCCGCCUGUCUGUCCUGGGAUUGGCCGAGACGCCGUUGGCCGCCGCCCCUGACGCCGCCGCCCAAUUGGCUGAGCUCCUCCCCCGCGUCACUGCCGUCCUCUCCUGAUUGGACGGUGCCGUUUGCUCCGCCCCCUGGGAGGCGGGGCUUCAAUAAAGUGCUGUCACGUGGC